AUGGCGAAAACGCGCCCAUGCUCAAUAGUAGAUUACCUAAGAACAUUCUGUCGCACGUGUCUCACGCGAUAUCAUACCCAUCUCCUCUCUCGUACAGUAUAUAGUCAGCACAGAGCUCUAUCGAGCUCCUUAGACCUUACAAUACACUCGUACAAUCCACUUUGUUUGGAUCUCACUAUCUUGUCGACUCGCUUCCCAUAUGACCCCUUCUCAGCUCAUGCAAGACAUUCCCCUGCAACGCUAAUUUUCCCGGGACGACUUCCUUGGGAUGUUAAGUGUUCCAGGACGCCAAAUUCUCUCGAGGCCGAUUUCCCUCAGAGACUAAUUCUACUGGGAGGAUUUUCCUAG